GGCAGCGCCCGCAGCCCCUGCCCGCCCUGAGCGCCCCGCUCCGCCCGCGCCCCCCGCCAUGGAGCGCAUCCCCAGCGCGCAGCCCCCGCCCGGCUGCCUGGGCAAGCUGCCCGCCCUGGAGACCGGAGACCUGCCGGGGCUGGACUUCGCGCACAUGUACCAGGUGUACAAGCCCCGGAGGGGCUUAAAGAGGAGCGAGGACAACAAGGAGACCUACAAGCUGCCGCAUCGGCUGAUCGAGAAGAAGAGGCGCGACAGGAUCAACGAGUGCAUCGCGCAGCUGAAGGACCUGCUGCCCGAGCACCUCAAGCUGACGACUCUAGGUCACCUGGAGAAGGCUGUGGUUCUGGAGCUCACCUUGAAGCACGUGAAGGCAUUGACCAAUCUCAUCGAGCAGCAGCAGCAGAAGAUCAUCGCUUUGCAGAACGGUUUGCAGGCGGGUGACCUGUCAUCGAGAAACCUUGAUUCCAGCCAGGAAAUGUUUCGAUCUGGUUUCCAGAUGUGUGCCAAGGAAAUGCUGCAAUACCUGGCAAAGCACGAGAACGGCAAGGAGCUGAAGUCGUCGCAGCUGGUCAGCCACCUGCACCGGAUGGCCAGCGAGGUGCUGCAGGGCGGGGCUGCCCGCAAGGCUGGGGACAUCCCUCCCAAAAUGGUGGACUUGAAAGAGAAGCCGGUGCCCCUGGGCACGGCGGGCGAGGGCCACGGGAAGAACUGCGUGCCCGUGAUCCAGCGGACAUUCGCUCACUCCAGCGGGGAGCAGAGUGGCAGCGACACGGACACAGACAGCGGGUACGGGGGAGAGCUGGAGAAAAGUGACUCCAAAUCGGAGCAGCCCUAUUUCAAAAAGGAUACCGACCUCAAGUACGCUGUCCAGGAGAGAAUAAGCUCUAUUAAGCAAGAGACUGAGGACCCACCGGCCAAAAGGAGCCGGCUGGAGUCGCCGCAGGACGAGGGCCCUUUUGGCAGUGACAUGAUGGGCUCUUCCAGCAGCUUCCUGGGCCCCCACGCUCACCAGCCUCCCCUGUGCCUGCCUUUCUACCUGAUCCCGCCGUCUGCCACCGCCUACCUGCCCAUGCUGGAGAAGUGCUGGUACCCGGCCUCGGUUCCCGUGUUGUACCCCAGCCUCCCAGCCUCUGCCGCAGCACUGACGGGCUUCAUGAACCCUGACAAAAUCUCCCCCCCUCUGCUGAUGCCCCAGAGACUCCCUUCUCCUGUACCAGCCCAUUCCCCCAUCGACUCCUCAGCUCUGCUUCAAGCUUUGAAGCAGAUUCCUCCUUUGAACUUGGAAACCAAAGACUGAGUGCAGUGUGACUGGUUUUUCUCUUUUUUCUUCUUUUUUUUUUUUUUUUAGUUUGAGAGACUGUUUCACUUUUAUAUAUUGGCUGGACUGAGGUGUGGGGACGAGGUUCACUGCACAUAGGAAGCUAAAUCCCCUUUUCUCUGACUUGUCAGGUAGCUUGGAGAAGGAUGAAGGAUGCGCCCAGUUUAGCGGUUCACAACUACUUCCAAAAGAUUAAAGAAGGGUUUUGUGCUUUACCCCUUCCCUUCUUCCCUCUCCACAUCUACAGAGCAACAGUUGACUCAGUCAGCUGCCAAUCUAUUGCAAAGCUGUGAAGAAAUAUUCCACGGGGCAGACUUGGUUUGAGGGUCUGCGAAUAUAAAAUACAUGAAUAUAAAACACGGUACUUCCCUGAGCGGCUCUGAAGGCAAUGGCCCCGCUAGCUUGUUUGAGCUGGACUGGUGUCCAAGUGGCCCCGAGUGUGGGGUGGUGGUGGUGGCAAUGCCACCGUGAGCGCAGGAGGAGCAGGGCAGUGGUCACUGGGGUGUGGUGGCGGUGGCAAUGCCACCGUGAGCGCAGGAGGAGCAGGGCAGUGGUCACUGUGGUGUGGUGGUGGUGGUGACAAUGCCACAGAGAGCACAAGGAGGAGCAGGGCAGUGGUCACUGCAGGGGCAGCAAUGUCACCAGGAGGAGCAGGGCAGUGGUCACUGGUGGUGGUGGCAGUGCCACCAUGAGUGCAGGAGGAGCAGGGCAGCGGUCACUGCCUGGUGACACAGGAUCACGCAGACCUAAGAUGGGUUUCUCUCCACACCUUUGCUGAUACAUAGAUAUUUUUUUAAGAAAUAAAAGGUAGCUGCUGCUUGGAGCUUUCCAUGGCGUACAUCUAAUAAAUAAAUUAACCUGCGCUCUUCCUGUAACUUGAGCUGCUAUGCUGGGCCGGGUCGGGAGGAGCUGUCCCUGGGAUCACUUUGCUGGUGGCACUGGCUCCAGCCUCUCCCGCUGCUGCUGCACGGUCUCACCGCGUCCCUCGGGAAUCACCGCAGUUUUCCCGGCCCAGCUGCUCCCGGCCGGGCGGGUCGGGAGCUCCUUGCCAGAGGGAGCAGUUCAGCCGGAGCUGGCAGCGCCAUCCCUGCUGAACGUGUCCCUGACAGUGCCUUUGGAAAAGGAAAAGGCUGGGAUUGUCAAAGGAGUCUAAUCCCGGCAGGGUUUGAGCAUCUGGAUUCCUCAGUCUCCUUGGCAAACCCUGGCCCACAUCCCUGUGCUAAGGAGAGAGGGCUCGGUGUGACACUUGUCCUGUAAGCUGCGAGGGGCUUUCUCCGCAGAAGAACAUCAUUUCCAGUUUAGUUUUUUUUUUUUUAAUUAAAAACCCCCAAACUUCACUGCAAAAGGCAGUGCUCUUUGGUGGUUUUUUUCUUACUGGUUUUGAGAACUGGUGAUCAGAACGCCUGUCUGGACCCUCAUGUCGCCCUCCCGUUGCACCAGCUGUUGAGAUGCACUAUGCUUGAUUGCAGAUUGUGUUCUAACGUUUAUUUUGUUGUUGGUUUUUUGGGUUUUUUUGGUAUACAGUUGUUGCCUUUAUUUGUAAAAUCCUGUUAUAAAUAUAUAUAUAUUAUAUAAAUAUAUUAAAAGUUAAGACGUUUCAGAUGUCUAUUAUUUGUAUAACUACUUGAGCAUAAAGAAGUGAGAAAUAUGAAUGUAUUCUUGUUUCUGGGUUGUCUUUUUUUUUUGAAGAGAAGAAUAUUCCGUUUUUCUCUCGGGAGAGGUACAGUGUUUAUAUUUUGGAGCCGCCUUCAAGGUGGGAUAUUGUACAUAUUUUUAUCUUGAGUAAAUGUUAAGUAGUUGUUUAAAAAUGCUUAAUAAAAUAAUUCUUUUCCUGUGGAA